AUGAGCGUUGUUGCUGAGGUCGACGUACGCCAGCGCCGGCAGGUCCCCGAGCCGCGGCGGGAUGGGGCCGUGAGGUUGGUGCCCGUGAGCACGAGGCGCGUCAGCAUGGCGCCCACGACGGAGGCGGACAGUGCCAAGGCCCGGUUGCUGUUCGGCAAAAUGCCUCAAGGGAAAACGGCCAAGGGAGCGGUGCUGCAGCCCGCUGGUGGUAGCGGGGGCAUUGAAUCCCUGCCUGAUGGAGUCCUUGAACACAUCCUUGGCUUCUUGCCAUCUGAGGAGGCCGUCCGCACUAGUGUCCUUGCCCGUAGAUGGCGCCACCUCAGGAAAUCCGCCACGGGCCUGUGGGUGGGGUCCGUCGACCCAGAUCAACCGGAGUCUGUGGAGGCUCUCCGGAGCUUGGUGAACCAUCUGCUGCUCCUCUGCAGAGACUCACCCCUCGAGAAAUGCUAUUUCGCGUUCAAUGCUCAGCUCAGCAGCCAUGAUGAUGUGUCCCACGUAAACCUCUGGUUCCAGCAUGUUGUGAUGUGCAAAGUUCAUGUUCUCAGGCUCUCUAUGUUUGUACGCAGUCAGGAUGAGCCCUUUCUUCCACUAGACAUCCUGCCUCUCAUCUCCCAGCCACUCAUGGAUUGUGAGUUGUCAUCGGUCAACAAGAUUGUGUACGAGUCCCUGAAACAUCUUAUCAUCAUUUUUUCCAUAGGCAGCUCUGAUUCUCGCAUCAACAUUUACACCCCAAAUGUUGCCUCACUGCGCCUUGAGCAUCUUGGAGGGAGGACUCCCAUUGUUGAGGGGAUGCCCUCAUUACUUGAGGCAUCGGUCAAAAUAACAGGGGCGUGUAGGGACCGCUGCACUAAUGCAAAUUACUUUUGGACUUGUGAUUGUGAAUCUUGUGAUAGUUCUGAUAGCACAGCUAAUGGCAGUAUCAACUGUGUGCUUCUAAGAGGUUUAUCGGAGGCUAAGAGCUUGGUGUUGAAAUCUGCAUCUGACGUGUUUAUUUUAAAAAGAGAUUUGAGAUGGUGCCCUGUGUUUACAAAUCUAAAGACCUUGUUGCUGAAUGGCUACUGUGGUUUAAACAUAAAGUGGAAAUCAAACUACGCGUCAGUUGGAUGA